GGUGGUGGUGGUGGUGGUGGUGGUGGUGGUGGUGGUUGCUAAUGGUACCAGUGUGUGUGUGCAUUCCCUGCGUGCGUGGGCGUGGUGGCAGGUGUGGGCAGCGUGCAUGUAACGGUUGGAGUGUGAAUUGGUGCAGGUGUGUGUGUGUGUGUGUGUGUUGCAGUGGUGGCAGUAGAGUAGCGGCGUGUCAUUGCAGAGUGUGGCAGUGUAGUACAGGUGUGUGUGUGUAGUCCUGUCCUGGUCCUGUCUUGUGCUGUGCAGUACAGUGCUGUGUUGUACAGGUGUGUUGACCUGUGUUGCAGUGGGCGUGCGCCAUGCUGGAGCUGGAGGGGGAGGCGGAGUGGUCCCAGGAGGGGCCCACUCUGAGCAAUGACAUCUGGAAGAAGUUCCAGCUGAUCCCCACGCCGCCACGCUCGCCGUCCCACGAGGCGGAGCUGCGCCAGGUAGACCUGUCCUCGCUGGCGCUCAUCGAGGACCUGCCGUCCCUGGAGCUGCCCUCGCUCAUCGAGGACCACGACUUCGGCCUGGCGCUGGAGAACAUCGACCUCUUCCCCGACCACCUGGCGGGUUGCGGUGGUCCCGUCGGAACAGGGGGCCCCGGGGGCGUGCCCUGCGCGCACGGCACCUGCACCAGCUGCACGCAACUUGCCCUCGCCGGCUCCGAGCUGCGGCACGACUGCAUGUGGCGCGGCACGUGCACGGCGGAGGCGCACAUGUACCACCCCCGCGAUCUGCACCACCACCACCACCACCACAACCACCGCGACUCCGCGGCGCACCUGCCGGAGCUGCUGAUGGACACCGCGUCGGCGCUGGAGUGCGCGGCGGGCUUCACGCGCCUGCACGACCUGGACGACGACGAGGACGACGACGACGACGACACCCUGGACGACAUGGAGGUGGAGGACGACCUGGCGGCGCGCCCCGACACGCCCUCAGAGUCCUCGGAGACUGACACUGACGAGGAGGAGCAGGAGGACGAGGACCCCGACGACGACGAGGCCAGCGCCGCGCCCCCCGCCGUGCACGUGGACCACAGCUACCACUGCCCCCGCGCCCCCUCGCCGCUCCACGCCUACGCCCCCGCCCUGCCGCACACGCCCUCUGAAUCUGAGGACGAGAUAGACGUGGUGAGCGUGGGCAGCCCUGACAGCGCCUACUCCAGUUCCUCCUCCCGCAGCACGCCCCCUCUACCCGCGUGGGGGGCGAGAAGCGCAAGCGGGGGACAGCUGGGGGCCGGACGAGCGGUGGAGACCCUACCAACAUCCACCUGUCCUCCCCCACCCCCGCCAUCCCCUCCACUACCACCCCCGCUCUCCCCACCGCCACCGCCACCACCACCUUCGUCACCACCACUGGCUUGAAGAAAGUAGUGAAGAUCCGCACUAGUAACCUAACCACAUCCACUAGUAAGUCCAGCAGGCACAGGCGGAGUAGUGGAACAGGUGGAGGCGCUGCGGCGUCCACCACCUCGCCCAGUAAGCGCCGCGUCACCACCACCACCACCACCACAGACUCAAGUAGUAGUAGUAUUAGUUCCCCCGCACACCACACUAGCAGUACCACAGUUAAUAAUUUAAGAAGAACCACCACCACCACCACCACCUCAUCAUCAUCACCACACACCACCACGUCAUACACCAGUAAAAGCGUGAAGAGAAUACGCAACCACCACAGCAGCAGCAGCAGCAACCACCACAACAGGAAACGAAGGGGGAACAAGGGUGAAUCAGACGACCCUGAGAGACGCCACCUCCACAACUCUCUGGAGAGGAUGAGAAGGGUCGACUUGAGGAACGCCUUUGAGGAACUCCGAGCCCUUGUGCCCGGCCUCUGUGACAAGGACAAGGCGCCCAAGGUGGAGAUCCUGCGCCGCGCCUCGGAACACUGCUACAGCGUGACCCAGAGAGGCAGACUGUUGGAGCAGGAGAAGGAGAGACAGAAGAGACUGCAAGGGGAGCUGAAGAGACGCCUUGCUUCCCUGCAGAGGAGAGUGUAAGGGGAAAAGGAGAUUCUCUUUAAAUAUCCUUCAUCUAAAUGCCCUGCCUGCCUGACUCUCCUGUGUGUGCGUGUGUGUGUGUGUGCGUGUGUGUACGUGAGGGUCAGGGUUAUGUAUGUGUGAGUUUGUUCGUAGGUCACGUUGGUGCCUGUUGGAGGGCCUGUACGUGUGUGUGUGCGUGUGUACGUGCGCGCUCGUGCCCUCCUGUGUUCACCUGUUCGUGUGUGCAUGUGUAUGUGUGUUCUUGUACGUGACGUGCUCGGGGCGCCUUGCUUCCGGAGCUGUGUGCGUCACCUCGGCAAUACUGUGUGUGUGUGUGUGUGUGUGUGUGUGUGUGUGUGUGUGUGUCAGUUUGUCAUUAUUUCAUUAGGUCAUUAUUAUUAUUAUUAUUAUUAUUAUUUCAUCAACUAAUACAUCAUUAUUAUUAUUACUAUUACUAACCUAACCAUUAUAACAACUACUACUACUACUACUACUACUAUUAUUAGCAAUAGUACUUUAUUAUUAUUAUUAUUAUUAUUAUUAUUAUUAUUAUUAUUAUUAUUAUUAUUAUUAUUAUUAUCACUUAUUUUCUUCAUUAUCAUCAUUAUUAUUAUUAUUUUGAGUUGUCGUCACUAGUAUGGUUCAAUAUUGUAUGGUUGGGAGUCCUGCCAGCGACCAUACUCAUAAAGAUUGUACUACUUGUGAUAGUAUUGUGGACAGAGAGAGAGAGAGAGAGAGAGAGAGAGAGAGAGAGAGAGAGAGAGAGAUUCUGUAUAUGUUCGUUUUUUCACUUUUUUAUUACUGUAGGCUAAACAUGUAGCAAGGUUUCUUAGUGUUAAAUAUUGUAUGUACUGUACCAAUAUUAAUGCCUUUCUGCUAGGUAUUAUCUAUUAUUAUUAUUAUUAUUAUUAUUAUUAUUAUUAUUAUUAUUAUUAUUAUUAUUAUUAUUAUUAUUAUGUGGUCAUGUAUUUAGUUUAAUGGAGGGUCGUUCUUUGUGUGUGUGUUUGUGUGUUUUUUGUUGGUUUUUUUGUUCAACUUUUACGGUCAGAAUUGCUUGCAGUUUUGUCUUAUUUAUUUAUUUAUUUAUUUUUUAUUAUUAUUUUUCUGCAGUCAUUUUCUUUCUAUUACUGAUGGAAGCCAGAUUCUUUUUGCUCUCUCGAAAUGUUUCACUUUAAGUAGAGAGAGAGAGAGAGAGAGAGAGAGAGAGAGAGAGAGAGAAUGUGGCUGCUGAAGAAAGUUAAAUUUAGAGAAAGACUGAAAAGGAUAAAGAAAAAAAUAAGUUAAUUGGUUUUUGCUUCAUAAAAUUUAUCUAUAAAGUUUACGGAAAUUUUUUUAUGAAUUAGGCGUUAGGGGGAAGAAAGUUUUAUGCUAUCAAUAUAUAUAUUUUUCUUGUUUUCUUUUUCUUGUUUUUCAUUUUUACCCUUUUCAUUUAUUUUUGUUUUUUCAUUUAUUUUUUAGUUAUUUUUUUUUAAGUUUAACCAGUAUUUUAUUACCUUAGUUACGUUAAUUACAUAAUUAUACCCAAAGUUAAUUAUUAUUAUUAUUAUUAUUAUUAUUAUUAUUAUUAUUAUUAUUAUUAUUAUUAUUAUUAUUAUUAUUAUUAUUAUUAUUGUCACCCUCCCCCUAACCCUGUCUGUUGCCAUGAAUAGAAUUAAGUACAGGACACCCACACUACUGCUUUCUCUCUCUCUCUCUCUCUCUCUCUCUCUCUCUCUCUCUCUCUCUCUCUCUCUCUCUCUCUCUCUCUCUCUCUCUCUCUCUCUCUCUCUCUCUCUCUCUCUCUCUCUCUCUCAUUAUCAUCAUUUUUCAGUGUGUUCAUUUAUUUAAUCAUGAAUUCAAUCAGUUUCAUUAUUCAUUAUCUCCUCCUCCUCCUCCUCCUCCUCCUCCUCCUCCUCCUCCUCCUCCUCCUCCUCCUCCUCCUCCUCCUCCAGGGUAGUGCCACAGUUCCCUACCACCACCACCAGCACCACCACCUCCUCGCAUUGUUCUUUGUUGAAUUAUCUACUACUGCUAUUAAUACUACAAUUGUUCUUUAAGUAACUAUCAAUAGUUUUUUGUUUUGUUUUUAUAUUAUUUCUUUACUUUUUUUCCUUGGAUUAUUUUUUUCCCCUUGGUAUAAGCGUUGUACAUAAUUAUAUACAUAUAUAUACAUAUAUAUAUAUAUACAUAUAUAUAUACAUACCUAUAUAUAUAUUAUACAUAAAUGAGAUGAAAUAGAUGUAUGUAGUCACGUGGUUUGUAAGAUGAAGAGAUGAGAUGAAGAGAAGAUUAAUAAUAGUAUAGUUAAGAAGGGCAUUACUUUAUGAAUGAGAGUUACUACUACUACCACCACUACUACUACUACUACUGCUGCUGCUGCUGCUAUUUACUACUACUACUAUUACUACUACUACUGUUACUGUUACUAUUACUACUAUUCCUUCGCCUGCUGUGUGUAUUUAUAUAUUAUUAUUAUCAUCACAACUUUUUAUCAUAUUCAUUAUUAUUCUUUUUCCUCUUAUUAAUGUUUUUUGUCUUGAAAUGGAUUACAAAGAGGAAAAGAUUAAUUGAUUAUUUAACACGUAUUUCAGUCACUGGAGUGUUAUUUACAUCAUAUUAUUUAUCACAUUAUUUAUCGUUAUUAUAAUUAUUUAACCUUUUCUCAGCGUGGGUUAUUUUACUUUUUUUUUAAGUAACUUGUAUUUGUUAUCAUUUAUCAUAGUUGUGACUUUCCGCGGUGCUUAGUGUGUGUUCAUUAUUAAUCAUUGUAGUGAUGGGCUGGUUGGAUCGUCUUUAAUCCUCGGUUUUUUUAUUUUUUUUAUUUAUUUUUUUUUUUAUUUAUUUAUUUUUUUUAUGAUCAUUUAUCUUAGUCACAGAUUCGUACCGUGUUUUUUUGGCGGCAAAGAAAACGGAGAAUGGUUUGAUAGUAAUGGCUGGUGUGCUGCAAUUUUUAUUAUUAUUAUUAUCAUCAUCAUUAUUAUUAUUAUUAUUAUGAUUGGAGUAUAUAUCCUGUGUAUUUGAGGGAGUUGUCAGUAAUAUUUAUUUAUUUAUUCAUUAGCUUUCUACUGUUUUCUUCUUUCUUUUCUCUUCUUUUUUUUCAUCUUUUAUAUAUUUUCUGUUUUUCUUUUCGUCCAUUGUUAUCAUGUCUCGACACAUUUCAUGAUUAUUUUCCUUGUUUUCUUUUAUUUUAUUUCAAUGAACUCGAUAAAAAAAAUUACUCGUCACUCACAAUCAACAAUGUCAUUUUUUAUGUUCUCGCAAAGAAAACAUAAAUACAAAAAAAGUCAUUUUAUUUAUUUAUUUUUUUUUUUUUUCAAAUUAAUUUCAUGGUGUUAUUUUAUUAUUUAUUAUUUUUAUUAUAUUAUUAUUUCCUUGAGUUUGCCAUACGCGACUUCUGGCAAAAAGCAAAACAAGAAGCGGCAUCAUGGUUUUAAAAUUCUGCAUUAUUUUCUCUGGUUUUUAAUUAAUUUUCUACAAGUUUUUUUUUCCCGGGGGUUCCAGAGAGGCCCCGUGUGUUAAAGGAAAGGCAAUGGAACAGCAGAGGUUUACUGUUAUUAAUUAUUGUCAGGUUAAGCAAGUUAGGUUCUAUACGUACGGAAAAAACAUUUAUUAUUAUUAUUUUUUCUUUAUUUUUUUGUGUUGUUCAAAGUUGAUGUAAAAGAAGAGAACGGAAGUUAAUGAACGGUUAUUUUGGUUUGUGUGUUUCUUCAUUCAUAACUUUAUCAAAUCCAUUGUUGUUAUUGUUGAUACUGUCAAUUUUACUGCUACUACUACUACCACCACCACUACUAUUACUAUAACUAUCACUACUACUACUAUUACUAUUGCUUUUACUGCCAAUCUUAAUCCAUUUCCACUAUUUUCUCCAAUUCUUCCUUUCAAGUCUCCUCAAACCUCCUCCUCCUCCUCCUCCUCCUCCUCCUCCUCCUCCUCCUCCUCCUCCUCCUCCUCCUCCUCCUCCUCCUCCUUACUCCCUCACUUCCACGGCUCAUCACUGCCCAUCCUUCACCCCACACCUCCCUCCCUCCCUACUCAUAUUCCUUAUCCUCACCCCUGCCCUGCCCUGCCCUCCCCUCCCCUCCCCUCCCCUCCCCUCCUGGUAUGCUUCGUAAGUUAGGCUGAAGGUUAGGAUCACUACUGCUGCUGCUCAAUGGUUUCCUCCUAUCAGGAUUAUUUUUGUAGGAAAAGUUACAGAAAUGGAUAAAUAUAUAUACAAAAAAAAUUGAAUAAGAGUUAAAAAAAAAAAUGAAAAGUUUGCCUCCUCCAAAAAAAUAUUUAUACGAGAAAGUGAUGUGUGUGUGUGUGUGCGUGUGUGUGUGUGUUUUGUAUUUUUUUAUUAUUAGUUAUCAUUUUUGUCAUUAUUUUGGUGUGUAUUUUGGAUGGAAUACAGCUUGAAAGACGUGCAACAAUGGUCACUUUAGAAAGAAAAAUAACAAACUUUCAUUUCAUUAUUCUCACUCCAUUUUGUAUUUUUUUGUUUCAUUUUUCUGGUGUGUAUAAAAACAGAAGCAACAUAAAUGCAAGAAGGGAAGUGUUCGUUUGUUUUUUUAUUACUUUGCUUGGUGAGGGGGCGGCGUUCCCCUUAGCUCAGGUGUAUGCUUUGUACCUUUGGCAGAGUUCUUGAUUAAAGAGUUACUAUGAUAAA